AUGGCUCCUCUCCCUGCCCCCCUCUCCCUUACUGUGCUACAGCUUGCAGCACUGACUUAUGUGUGUGGUGGUGCAUACUACGGACACAAGCAACACCCCCAGCCAUACCAGCCAGUGCAGCAUCACCAACAUAUGGGCAUGGGCAAAGAAGGCUUUCCCCAGCAACAGUACCUUGGAAAAGAGGUGCCUUAUAUGCAGUAUCCACAGUACAGGAAGGAGCUACCACAGAUACCCAUGCACAAGGGCAAAGAAAAUGCUCGUAAAGGGGGUGGUUAUAAAGGUGGUCAAGAUAAAGGACAGACAAUUCCCAGUGGGGCUGAAGGAAUUCCUCAAGGAGAGCCUGGUCCAGCUGGACCACCUGGACCAGAGGGGCCUCCAGGUCCUCCUGGACCUCCAGGAAAUGGACAACCAGGACCUGUGGGGCAACCUGGAUCUUCUGGUCCACCAGGAGUGCCUGGGAUGGGAAAACCAGGUUUGCCAGGGCUGCCAGGCAAGCCAGGAGGAAAUAGUGGGGCUGGACCACAGGGUGAAAUGGGUCCAAGCGGUGAGAAAGGACCAUCUGGACAGCCAGGACCUCAGGGUCCCCCAGGACCACCUGGGCUACCAGGGAUAGGUAAACCAGGGAUGCAGGGACUACCAGGUCAACCAGGGACAAAAGCAGAACCAGGUCACAAAGGUCUACCAGGACUACCAGGAUUACCAGGACCCAAAGGUGAUAAAGGAAUGGGUCAGCCAGGACAACCCGGUCACAAAGGUCUCCCAGGGCCCCAUGGACCAGCUGGCCCAAGAGGCCUGCCUGGUUUUGGGAAACCAGGCUUGAAUGGGGCACCAGGGCCACAUGGAAAACCAGGAGAGAAAGGACAUCCUGGAGAGCAAGGACCAGCUGGACCACCUGGUGAAGGAGGACAGCCUGGCCCACCAGGACUACCUGGUCAAGGAAAGCCAGGUCAAAAUGGCCUUCCAGGACAGCCAGGUAUGUCAGGUGCCAAAGGACAUCCAGGACUACCAGGUUUGCCAGGGAAGCCAGGACUGCCUGGGUUUGGUAAACCAGGGCUGCCAGGACCAAAGGGUGAUAAAGGUAUGGGAGGUCCACCUGGACUGCCGGGCCCAAAAGGAGAAAAGGGACAUGGAGGACUGCCUGGUAUGAUUGGAUCCCCUGGGCCAAAUGGUCCACCUGGUCCUCCAGGUCCAUUAGGACCACUGGGGGGUAUAGGUUCCCCUGGGCCUAAAGGAGACUGUGGGGAAGGAGGGCCUAAAGGGAUUGAUGGAGGCCAGGGUGAACCUGGUCCUCCUGGGAUACCUGGUAAGGGUGGUCUGCCUGGAGACAAUGGAGAACCAGGGCCAAGAGGACCCCCAGGGCCAAGUGGUGUCAAAGGAGAUGAUGGACAUAAAGGUCUACCUGGUUCCCCUGGUCCUUCGGGACUUCCAGGGCUAAAAGGACACAGUGGACUACCCGGUGAAGUGGGACCUCAAGGCCCUAAAGGAAUCCCAGGAAUGGAUGGUGCAGCAGGACCAAUUGGGCCUGCUGGUCUUCCUGGGGCAAAAGGAGAUGGGGGUCUCCCUGGUCUACCGGGAACUGUAGGUUUGGGGAGUCCUGGUAUUCCUGGUCCCUUAGGACCCCCAGGAAAAGAGGGACCAUUAGGACCCCCUGGAAAACCAGGUCAGCCUGGCCCUCCUGGACCACCAGGCCCAGCUGGAGACAAUGGACUGCCUGAUGACAUGGCUGGAGUACUGUCCGUAAUGGGCCCUGCAGUCGAUGGUGUUAAGGCUGGUAGUUAUGAUAAGAAGGGCAAGUAUGGCGGCAAUGGAGCAGAAGUAAUGGGUGUCAGUGGGUUAGAAAUGCCAGCAUUCACAGCUGUAAUAACAACUCCCUUUCCACCUGUCGGCACUCCAGUUGUCUUUGACAAGCUCCUAUACAAUGGUCGCCAAAACUACAACCCCCAGACAGGAAUUUUCACCUGUGACAUGCCUGGCAUUUAUUACUUUGCCUACCACAUCCAUUGCAAAGGAGCAAAUGUGUGGGUGGCUUUGAUGAGGAACAAUGAGCCAGUGAUGUAUACGUAUGAUGAAUACAAAAAGGGUUUCCUAGACCAAGCGUCAGGGAGUGCAGUGCUACCUCUUCAACCUGGAGACACUGUGUAUAUUCAACUGCCCUCAGAUCAGGCUUCCGGACUUUAUGCUGGGCAGUACGUGCACUCCUCCUUUUCUGGGUAUUUGUUGUAUCCAAUGUAG